AAACUGGCAUUGGAAACUGAGCGAUACAGGGAAAGAUUUCACUCCCUCGGAAGGACUCUUCGAAUAUCGGGAGGAAGCUCCCCCUAGAGGCUAUCAGACGUCAUGUCUUACGCGCAGUACAGCGAAGGUGGCGCUCCGUAUCCGCCGGCCGCACCGGGUUUUGCCCCCCCGCCGGGGUCUUAUCAGGGUGCGCCGUAUCCCCCUGCAGGAGGCGGUUAUCCACCGCCGGGUGGAUAUGCCCCGCCGGGACAAUACCCGCCAGAAUAUCCGCCGCCCGGUCAAGGUGGAUAUCCUCCAGCCGGACCUCCCGUUUAUCCCCCGGGCGGCUACCCUUCCGUUCCUCAGGGACCGGUCACGCAGCCCCCAAUACCUUAUGGACCUCCUCCGGAGCAAAAUAUUCCAAUGGUUCCUGUACCUCAAGCCAUGCCGGGAGUCCCUCCAGGCCUUGAGUACCUGACCGCGAUCGAUCAGCUGAUCAUCAAGCAGAAAGUUGAAGCUCUCGAGGCUCUCAUCGGAUUCGAGACGAACAACAAAUACUCCGUCAAAAACUCAAUGGGACAAAAGAUCUUCCAAGCCUCCGAGAAAACGGACUGCUGCACCAGGAAUCUCUGCGGUCCGAACCGUCCCUUCGAUAUGAAAAUCAAAGAUCUUCAAGGCAACGAGGUGAUCCAUCUCUACAGACCCUUCCGUUGUACGUCCUGCUGCUGUCCGUGUUUUUUGCAGAGGAUCGAGGUCUGCGCGCCUCCUGGAAACGUCAUCGGUUACGUCUGUCAAGAGUGGUCGAUUCUUUCACCGAAAUUCACCGUACGCGACGCUCAAGAAAACGUCAUACUCAGAAUCGAGGGACCCAUGUGCACAUUCAGCAUUUGUGGAGAUGUUGAAUUCGAAGUGCUUUCCGACGCGACCGGACAGAACGUCGGAAAAAUAUCUAAGCAAUGGACCGGCCUGCUCCGCGAGAUGUUCACUGAUGCCGAUAACUUCGGGAUUUCGUUCCCCAUCGACCUUCACGUUCAUGUGAAGGCCACCCUGCUGGCGGCCGCUUUCCUCAUUGACUUCAUGUUCUUCGAAAAGAGCUCCAAUAAGGAAAGUGACCGAAUCGGCAUGUUCGACUAGAAACUGAGAUUUUUCGUUCGCCGUUCGAAUCGCAGCAGCAGCCUACAAUUUCCGUCUGUGAAGCAUGGCAACUUCAUCCUACUUCGUGUCCUGCCAUACAAAUCCUACAGCUCUGAUUCGAUUCUGGUUCGACUCCACGAUCCGGUUCCUGGCAGCCCCUGAUUUUUGGAAGGUUCUUAAGAGGUUUGCCGUUCUGUCGUCGUCCGCAUCAUUUGGAGGCUUCCCCGCGGGCGGCGACAUUGAUUGUGGUCGAGUUUUUCCGCGAAGGAGUAACUUCCCCGAGUACGCCGACAGCCUCGCGUCGAUGUUCGAAUCCGGCGAACGUUCUAGAUGAGCUUCCCGGAAUGAGCGGCGAUCAAACUCUGGGAGCGGCUGCAAAAGACAAGCUCCGUAAUCGGAGGGGAAUCAGGUUAUUUGAUACGGUUUCAACGUUUCAACGUCCCCGUUAUUGCCAUUAUCACAUGAAGUUUUGAAGUUGUCAUCGUUGAGUAAAAUAUUCAUAUUGGAACGCUUCUCGUCCUCCGGCCGUAACGUUGAUUCUUGAGUGCGAAAUAUUGCGGGGAUUCUUCGGAAAACUUGUGGAGCUCGAAAAGUCUUGUCUCCGCGAUAUUCUGAUAACGUGUAUGUAAAAAAAUGACCAUAAACUUUUCGUCAAGCCUU